CGGUGGACCCAGCGUAUGGAGUGCCCUACACCGAGGAGAAGGCUUGAUAUGUCUGGGAUGACAUGUUGAUCUUCAAUAGCUUAUAUUUGAGCCUCGCCCCCGCGAACGAGGUUUGAAAGGUCAAACGAUUACCGUCUACGCGUUAAGCUCUGGAGAGCACCCAUCCAACAAGAUGUUUGACAAGUUCCCCAAGAUCUAUAAUGUUUAUUUCCUGGCCAUUAUCGCCACCAUGGGUGGCAUGCUGUUUGGUUUCGAUAUUUCAUCCAUGAGUGCUAUCAUCGGAACCACGCAAUAUCGUACUUACUUCAACAACCCCUCGGGUGUUACUCAGGGUGCCAUUGGCUCUGCUCUUGCUGCAGGCUCAGUCGUCGGGUCCAUCAUGGCGGGCCCGGUUUCUGACAAGUUCGGUCGCCGAGAUUCUCUCAUGUUUGCUUCCCUCUGGUGGCUCGUUGGAACCGCCCUGCAGGUUGCCACAAAUGGCCGAGCAAUGCUGAUUGCUGGUCGGGUCCUCAAUGGUGUUACUGUUGGUAUCACCUCGUCUCAGGUCCCAGUGUAUCUCGCAGAGAUCUCGAAGCACUCCCAACGUGGUGCCAUUAUCAUCAUCCAGCAACUAGCUAUUGAGUGGGGUAUUCUUAUCAUGUACUUCAUCGGUUAUGGCUGCUCAUUUAUUCCCGGAGAGACUGCCUCCUUCCGCACGGCAUGGGGCAUCCAGUUCGUCCCUUGUGUGUUCUUCAUGAUCGGGCUGCCGUUCUUGCCAGAAUCACCACGUUGGCUUGCCAAGGUCGAUCGCACAGAUGAGGCUAUAUUCAUUCUCGCCAACAUUCAAGCCGACGGCAACCUCGAGGACCCCUACGUCAUCGCCGAAUACGAAGAAAUCAUCACAGUUUUGACAGCCGAGCGUUUGGCUCCCAAAUCAUGGAGGAAGUUCGUCUACAACGGCAUGUGGCGACGAACUCUGGCUGGCUUCUCAGUGCAGGCAUGGCAGCAGCUCUCUGGUGCGAACGUGAUGACGUACUAUUUAUAUAUAUUUUCGAUGGCCGGCCUGGAAGGCAACAUCAACCUCAUCUCCUCCGGUGUGCAAUAUGCACUAUUCAUCAUCUUCUCCUCUAUCAUGUUCUUCUUUGUCGACAAGAUUGGCCGAAGAACUCUAUUGGUUUGGGGAGCCAUUACCAUGGCCUUCUGUCACUUUGUCGUCGGUGGUACUCUAGGCGCGAACUACACAUAUAUACCUAGUAAGUGUAUAUCAAAAAAUGGUGUUAACGGCGACAAGAAUGUUCAAAUGCUUGUGAGGGGUGCUCCAGCGAACACUGUCAUCGCCUUCUCCUACCUCUUAAUCAUCCUCUACGCCCUGACGCUGGCGCCCAUCUGCUGGGUCUACGCCGCUGAGGUGUGGUCACUUGAGACCCGUGCCUGGGGAAUGGGUAUCGCGGCCAUAGGCAACUGGUUGUUCAAUUUUGCCAUUGGCUUGUUCAUCCCCCCUGCGUUCCAGAACAUCAGAUGGGGGCUCUUCGUCGUAUUUGGAGUUCUUUGCCUCCUUGCUGCAUGCCAAUUCUGGCUCACAUACCCUGAGACUUGCGGCAAGACCAUUGAAGAGAUCGAGGUCAUGUUCAGCAACGGUGGACCCCGCGCCUGGCAGACUAAGAAGGGUCACUCUCGUGUUGAACAGGAAGCCUCGACUAUUGCUACUGCUCAAGCUAAGGGUGAGGCGAGGGCUAGCAUUGAAAAUGUCGUGGCGCAGUCUAAGGGGGGCCAUGACACAAAGACAGAGGCGGUCUAGACUUACUUUCCUGUUAGAUAUGGCGUGUGAGAGCGAUGGAGUCCGAACGUAAAGGGGAGUUUUAUCCGUGAGACACGAUAGCAUGCUAUUGAAUAGAAGGACUUCGUUGUCUAGACUACUCCAAUCGGUGAUGGAUAUGAAAUUUAUGUCUUCUAUGGAACUGUUCGCACCAUCUUUGUUGUCCACCUGCCCCGAAUUGAGGCUGGUCGUGAUUGACACGUCAAAGUACAGAACAAUGAACGCCCAACGCAUUCCCUCUAUAGUUAUGCAACGUAGCUCCACCGUCUCAAGUAAAAAUAGGUUACACAAUCAAAGUAACGUAACUGUAACAGCUUGGAUGCCCUAACAAUCUA